UUAGUCAGCGUUAACUUCCGGGAGAUUAUAACGUUAGCGAAAGUAUAUUUUUCUGUUGACCUGUCAGCAGAACCCGAAUUCCACACUGAAAAAGAGAAACUCUCAAAGGGACUGGCGUACUGACAGGUUUGAGUCGUCGCUGGAACUACGGUGGAUCACCAGCUAACUACCAAGGAGGCGCUGGUUACCGGCUCCCACAGAGGAGGAUCUCAGGAGAGUGGAGGUGAUUCCUAAACGGCGCAGUUUGCAAUGGGAAACAGCGCUCUGAAAGCUCACCUGGAGACCUCGCAGAAGACGGGGGUUUUCCAGUUCACCGGGAAGGGCCUGCCUGAGUUCCCUGAGGAGCUCCAGAGGCUGACUGGCAAUCUUCGGACAGUAGACCUGUCCAACAACAAGAUUGAAGUGUUGCCCGCCUUCAUCGGCAACUUUCUCCAACUCAAGAGUCUCACCUUAAACUGUAACAAACUUGCAAGUCUCCCAGAUGAAAUUGGCAAGUUGAAGAAACUUGAAACCCUAAACCUGAAUGGGAACCAGUUGCAGAAGCUGCCUGCAUCGAUAGGACAGCUGAGUGGGUUGCGCACCCUGGGCCUCUCAGGAAACCGCCUGCGGGAGUUUCCGACAGGCCUAGGCACUCUGCGCCACCUGGAUGUCCUGGACUUGUCCAAGAAUCGCAUCCAGGCUGUACCUGCAGAAGUAGCUGCCCUUCAGGCCAUCGAGAUCAACCUCAACCAGAACCAGGUCUCGACCCUGGCUCCGGAGGUGUCGCGCUGCCCCAGGCUUAAGGUGCUGAGGCUGCAGGAGAAUUGCCUUGAGCUCUCCUCUAUCCCCGUCUCCAUCCUCACGGAAUCCCAGGUUUCCCUGCUGUCACUGGAGGGCAACCUAUUUGAGGUAAAGAAGGCACGUGAUUUGGAGGGAUACGACAAGUAUAUGGAGCGCUUCACUGCCACCAAAAAGAAGUUUGCCUGAGGUACAGCAGACCCCCGCCCCCCCCCCCCACUCCUCAGCGAUGAUGCUGCACCCCACUGGGAGAGUGGCUGAAACCCAGGGUUUCAGUAUGGCUUCUGAACCUGCGGGCAGUGAGGGAGGACGUGUGAAAGCACACCACUACUACUGGAGCUCAGCGCACUUCUGCUGCAGAGACCUCUAGGAUACAGCAGAGCAUAGCCUGCCAACACAGUUGUGUUCUAGAAAUUGCAUCGCCUUCUGCAGCAAACUGCAGUGAACAAAAACAUGGUGGUUCAGUGACGCCAACAAUAAGGGAGGAAAUAUGCUAAAGAUUUUGUUGGUUGACCUUGCUUGUAAAUGCUGAUAUAAAAAGGGGAGGAGGCAUAGUGGCUGGUUCAGUGAAAGGGCAACACUGACUAAGAUUUCAUUCCACACAUGACAGUAAAUACAUGUGUUGUACCUCAUAAAGACGGUAACUGGACUGCAUUAGUAGGUGCUACAUUUUCAGUAUUGAUUUGUGAAUAGCUACUCAUGGAAGGAAGGGGGUGUCAGGUCUAAAGUGGGGAAAUGAAAAUGUUUGGUAAUAUCUAAAGAUCUAUCCAACAUAGGGGCAACAGUCAAGGGAUUUUAAUUGGCGUAAUGGCUGUUUUCUGCUGUGAUGACGUAAGAGACCAGCAGAGCUGUAGAAAUCAGUAAUCUCUUUUUCAUAUGCAGGUGAAAUUAUUGUUCAUGGAAGUUGCCAGUAUGCACGGGGAAGAAGAGGAAGUAUUGCUAUGGAAAAGAGUAUGAAUGUAUUGCACUCCAUUGUAGAAAUGCUUUUUUCUUCCAUGUUUCAUUUUUAGGUAAUUGCAUCUGAUUUUCUGUGAUAAAUUAAAAUAGAGUGUUAUGUACAAUGUAUUAAAAACAGUGUGUAAACUGUUUACAUAAACUAUUAAUAUGCACAAAAAGAUGACCAGUGUGAUGCAGUUUCUAUGAACAAUAACUGAUGAAUGGACAUGUCUGUAGAUAAAUCCUCUGUCUGCAGCUGUAUAUGUAAUCUAAUAGCACUACUGAUUACUUGCUGUGUGAAGCCUUUUGACGUUUUAAUGGUUCAUGUUGAAGCAAUUCCUCAUUCUGCCACAGCUCCUUGCAUUAAGUGUUGUUCUGUAUGUAAAGGAUGCAAAAUCAGUCCUUAAAAGAAAAAUACUGUGGGAGGAGAUUUAAAAAUAGCAUUAUAAUGUGAAUUUCAACUCAGUUGUAUAACCAUGGUUUUGUUUAGAAUUGUUGAAGUUCUCAAGGAGUGGGAAGGAAGUGAUGCCAUUCCAUUAAGAAUCUCCCAUGUGCUGCUCCACGUAGGGAAUGUAUAGCUUUCUCAUGACUUAUACAAAUGGUGUGUCCAGUGGUCUAUGGGACUGUAAUAAGGCCUGCUCUGCCGUACCAGAUAACGCUGUGGUUCACGUAUAUUGUGGCACGCUAGAAUUUUUCCGUUGUACUAUCAGCACCAGUUUGAUUUUCUUUUUGCAAUAUUACUGUAUACCUUUGCCAUUGUGUAUAUAGGUAACGUGCACCUGGGAAGCUUUCUUUAUGUAUCCAAAAAUAAAAAGAUU